AUGCAUCUCUUUUUCAUUCGACAUGGAGAGACGGAGCAUAACGUUGCCGGUCUUCUGGCGGGUGUCUCUGACUCAAGGCUGACAAACCAUGGUGUGCUGCAAACCCAACGACUGGGUCGGUACCUCACGACUCACCGCAACUUGAGAUUCACGCAAAUCUAUGCCUCGGAUCUCCAACGAGCAUUCAUGACCGCCGAAGCGCUUCAGAGAAACCUACUUACAAGACUCUCUGGCGAAGAAGUGCCCGGGGUCGUGAAACUGGAGCUGCUUCGAGAGCAGGACUUUGGCUCCCUCGAGCUCGUGCCCUGGACGUCGAGAAGCGCGCAGCACACCCUCAACCCUAGAGUACCCAACUCAGAAGACACGUCUUUUCGCCCUCAAGAAACCACAGAGGCUAUGGUGAAAAGGGCAGAUUUAUUCUUGAACGAUUUUAUCCUCCCGCUGUUUGCCAGUGCAGAGGAUGCCCGGGACACCGUGCAAGAAUGCGUUGCUGUCGUUUCCCAUGGUCUCUUUCUGUCUGUGUUAUGGCAAACGCUGCUGGGCAAAUUUAGCACCAGGAAUGUCGCUCUAGGUCCGAAUAUUGAAGGUUGGGGCAACAACCGCCCCUUGGAAUACCUGCCACCCUGGACCAACACUGGGUUUUUAGAGGUCACAAUUCAGAAACGCACAGCAGAAGUUGUUACACAACCCUGGAACGACCGGUCUUUGAUACUGACGGAGAUUGAACAGUCCGCUUUCAGCGGGUAUUCGAUGACCGUCCAUGGAAUUAACAGCAAAGACCACUUGCUUGAUCUUAAGCGCACCAGGGGUGGAUUGGGAUCAGCUCCAUAUGACGCGAAGCAACAGAGCCUGGAUGGAUUCUUCAAGCGAUCAGAGUCAAACAGCUCCAGUACAUGA